GAUAUUCUCGCCGAGUCGCGUCUGACGGGUUAGACGACGUCGCAAGCCCACGUUACUGUCUCGAGUGUGACUUACUGAUUCCGAGGGCUCCGUUCCCGAGGUCACCAUGUCGGCAGACCUCUUUGCCGCCUUCAACAGCUCGUUCCAAUCGCCAGCCCAACAGCAAUCACCGCAAACCAUCAGCGCUGGCUCCCAAGCUUCAGGGUCAAAGGGCGACCCUUUUCCCACCUUGACUCCGAGCGCAGCCCAGAGCCAACAGCAGCAAAACCUGCAGUCUACGCAAUGGAAGCCAUAUCAUUCUCAGCAACCAGACCAGAAGCCCCAGCCAUGGUUCAUGUCGCAGCCACAAACGGCACCAGUCAUUUUGGAAACCUCGAGCGACCUGGCAGGAUCUUCUUCGGUCUCUAAUGCAAAGGAGGACGAUGACGAUGGAUGGGGCGACUUUGAGGAUGCCCUUCAAAGCACUAGUACCGCAACUAUUCCGCCGGGACCAGCGAGUGCUCUAGGCUCGCCCCCUGCUCAGCCCAAUGUUCUGGCGCAGGUACCGUUUCGGACUAGAAUGGUACGCGCUUCUACUAUAGACCUCAUGACGAACAGCUUGGUCCCAAUUGGGGGCCCGGCACCAAAAUCAGCAGCUCCUCGGGACAGGCCAUUCGGGGAAGCCCCUGAGAAGCCGCAGGUGCCUAGACCAAAGAGCUCAGACCCAAAUGUGCUGUUUGAUGCCGACGACUUCGACGGAGAGCCGCUAGAAGAUGACGAUGAGUUCGGAGACUUCGAGACCGUGCCGCCUCCAGUGCCGAUUAAUGUUCCAACUGAACAGCCAGUAGUAGAUCUCCUGUCGACCGACUUUACUCCGCAGCGCACCGAGACACGGAAACCUCCUCCCAGCCAGCUCCUGUCGACCUUUACGCCUAUUGAGGGUCUAUCGCCGUACCCAACGGCCCCAAGAUCUCCAUCCUUUCAGGCCCGUAAUCCAUUUCCCAGCUUAGGCGUUACGACCCCUAAGGCUGCCGAAUUCUCAGCAGGGGAAAAGCCCCCGUCGUCCUCUCCCGUGACGGCUUGGCCGUCGCCCUCUCCAGUGACGGCUUGGCCGUCGUUUGACGAGGACGACGGCAGUGGAGGGCCUGGUCAGACCAACGGGGCUGAGGACUGGGGGACUUUCCAGGACCUCCCGUCCAAACCUGCGGAGCCCAGGACAACCAACAAAUCCGCAACAUCGGCCCAGACCUCAAAGGAUGCAAAGCCCGCUUCAGACUGGGACUGGGAUGCAUGGGACGGGGAUGCAACACAUUCCGGCAAACAACCAACGCCAGCAGAAACCCCAGCCAAACCCGAGGCGGGACCACCUCCAGUCAAUGUCCCGCCCCCGUCCAUUCUGCUCUCGCUCUUCCCGCAGCUCCUCGGAUCCGCCACCACAUACCUCUUCAAGCCAACAAGCGGCCAGCCGGGCCCGAUCAAGGAUCGGGUCCUCUCCGACCCGGCGACGGUCCGCUUCCUCCGCGGCUACCUCGCGCUGGCCGCCGUGGCGGGCCGCAUCGUGGCGGGCCGCAAGCUGCGGUGGCAGCGCGACAAGUUCCUGUCGCAGGGCAUGGCCAUCUCGGCGGCGGCGGGCGGCAAGCGCGGCAUGAAGCUCUCGGGCGUCGACAGGUCGCAGGCCAGCCACGAGGAUCGCGAGGCGGCCGACGUGGCGGCGGCAUGGGGGCCCAUCGUCGGCCGUCUGCGCUCGGCGGUGGCGGCGGCGAACUUGGCGUUGGGGCCCGGCGAGCCGCGCCUGGGGGCGAUACCCGAGUUGGCGGACGGUCUAGUCGUCCGGACCGCUAAGGGGGCGCUGACGGCACCCAAGCCGUGUGUCAUCUGCGGGCUGAAGAGGGGUGAGAGGGUCGUCAAGGUGGAUUUUGAGGUCGAGGAUAGCUUUGGGGAGUGGUGGGUCGAGUUCUGGGGGCAUAGAUCGUGUAGGAAUUUCUGGUUGGAGCAUGAGGUCCAGCUACGGCAGCGAUGAAUGCCAGCUGGUUGACUGGUGUACUUGCACGUCAAGGGGAUGGAGUAACAGGGCGUGCCGCAAUGUUGGAAAGCUACGAUUUAGAACUGGCGUCUGGCUUAUACCGUUAUACGUAUACACAAACUCAGGGUUUACCCCUAGAUCCAUCCACACCCUUGAGCAUAAAAGGGGUACCUUGAUGAGUGACAAUGGGCUGCCAGCACAACACAAAGACCUGAGGAAUGAACUCUCCUGCUUUUCCAAGCAUCAUUCAACUAAACCUAUAUCCGA